UGAGACAUCGUUCAAACUCAUUCAACAAGAAAACGAAAAAUGAGUCCCUGCCCUUCCGUCUCUCUCUUCCUCGUCUUCUUUCUCACCGUCCUCCACGCCGCAUCUGCAGAUGGCGGGAACACCAGCAUAAUCCACGAAACAUGCAAGAAAUGCGCGCAAGAAGACCCCAACGUCGGCUACAAGUUCUGCGUUGCGUCUCUCGAGUCAAACCCGAUGAGCCACUGCGCCGACCUCCGGGGGCUCGGCCUCAUCUCCAUCAAGCUGCUGCGGCACAACGUGACCGAGACGAGGUCUUACGUCAAGAAGCUUCUGAAGAGCAAGAAGACGGAUCCAUUCAUCAAAGCAUGCUUGCAAGAUUGCUUGGAGCUGUACACCGACGCGGUCCUGACGCUCGAAGAGGCGACCAGAGCCUACAAGGUUGAGAGGUACGAGGAAGCGAACGUCGACCUGAGCUCGGUGAUGGAUGCGCCAACCACGUGCGAGGACGGGUUUGCGGAGAAAGGCGCGGCGUCGCCGUUGGCCGAGAGGAACAAGGACGCGUUCCGGUUGUCGGCUUUGGCUCUCUCGAUUGUUACGAUGCUCUCGCGUUCUUCCCAUUAGUUAAAGGUUCAACGUUGCGGCCUGCCGCUCAUUGCUGUCGCUUCCUGUAUUCUUUGCGUUCGGCAU